AUGGAUCGAGUGAUGAGUCAAAGUUCUGGGUCUGAUGCAAAUUCAGGGAGACGUUCUGGGGGUCCUAUCUGCAAUUGUGGAAAAGCGAUUAUUGUUGUAAAAUCGUGGACAAACGAUAAUCCAGGAAGAAGAUUCUACAAAUGUGCUGUUCAUGGGUUCUUUGGUUGGGCAGAUGAAGAAAAGCCGUGUGGUUGGCAGAAGAUUAGCUUAUUAGAAGCAAGAGAUGAGCUUCGUCAUCAGAAAGAUGAAAUCAAACUGCUUAAGGAAUCUCUAAAAGCCAUGAAUGAACAUGGUCUGAGUGGUGCGACGACGACGAUGCAUACUGGGUUAGUAAACAAAUACGAGCAAGAGAAGAAUCAUCUUGAAAAUGAAGUUAUGGCAGCUACUGAGAGAGAGAUAAUGCUCCGACAGUUCAUCGUGUUGUCUUGGAGAGGGUUCAUUGUAGUAAUUGGGAUGAUACUAGGAUUGGGAAAGUAG